CCCAGCUCUACUGAGGCCCCUGCAUUCACAGCGCAAGCACCAGCACCAUGGCCAUGACCUUGGGUUACUGGGACAUCCGCGGGCUGGCUCACGCCAUCCGCCUGCUCCUGGAGUACACAGACUCAAACUAUGAGGAAAAGAAGUACACGAUGGGCGACGCUCCGGACUAUGACAGAAGCGAGUGGCUGAAUGAAAAAUUCAAGCUGGGCCUGGACUUCCCCAACCUGCCCUACUUAAUUGAUGGGGCUCACAAGAUCACCCAGAGCAACGCCAUCCUUCGCUACAUUGCUCGCAAGCACAACCUAUGUGGGGAGACAGAAGAGGAGAAGAUUCGUGUGGACAUUUUGGAGAAUGAGGUUAUGGACACUCGCAUGCACCUGGCCAGAGUCUGCUACAGCCCUGACUUUGAGAAACUGAAGCCUGAGUACUUGGAGGCGCUUCCUGAAAAGGUGAAGCUCUUCUCACAGUUUCUGGGGAACCUGCCCUGGUUUGCAGGGGAUAAGAUCACUUUUGUGGAUUUCAUUGCUUAUGACCUCCUUGAGCGACUUCAUAUGUUUGAGCCCAAGUGUCUGGAUGCAUUCCCAAACCUGAAGGACUUCAUGGCCCGCUUUGAGGGCCUGAAGAAGAUCUCUGCCUACGUGAAGACCAGCCGCUUCCUCCGCAGCCCUGUAUUUCUAAAGAUGGCCCUGUGGGGCAGCAAGUAGAGCCCUGUGUGGCCAGGAGAGGGAACGAGGAGCCAGUGCUGUGAUUGCUGCCCCAGGGCCCUGGAGAACAGCUGGACCCUCCUGCACUCCCAUAGUCACCCCUUUUGUUCUUUUGUCCUUCCUUUCUUUACCCACCCGCACUCAGCCCUUAUUUAGCCCCUUUCCUUCUCCCUGUCCCUAUUCAUCCAGGCCCUUUAAAGCUUCAGUUCCCUACUUUUCUUCAGCAAGAUCCCUCCAACGUUAUCCUUCCUGCACUAAAGUUAACCAGACUGUCCUCCCUUCAGUGGGUGCUCUGCGUUGAGGUCUCCAGGCAGACCCCUGGCCUGUAGAGCUUGUCCCUGAGCUCCCAGCACUGCCCUGAAGACCAAUAUUGGCCUGACGUGCAGGCCCUGCUCUGCCCACGUAGUCCCUGCCCAGCCCUGCCUGAUCCCCAGUAAAGCCUUAGUCACA